AGUCUCCCGCGUCCCACCAUCCUUGCCAGAGUUGCUGCUGAGUCGCUCGUGCUGAGCCGCUCGUUCUGAGCCCUGGCUGGCAAUAAAGUUCGUUAAAAAAAUCAUAGUCAUUUUUAAGAGAGUGAAAGAGGGCGCGAGCCAGACGGGCGACCCCGCCGGGGGGAGCUGGCGCGCUGGGAGGAGGAGGAGGAGGAGGUGGCGGCGGCGGCAGCGGUUGCGCCGCGACCAGGAGGAGCCGGUCGCGCCGGGCGGCGGGUCCGUGGCCAGCGGGGACGAUUUGAGAAGAUCUGAUCACCUGGAAUUAAAGUUGGUUCAGAAACCUUUACAACUGCAAAAAUGUUGGAGGAAGAUAUGGAAGUGGCUAUCAAGAUGGUGGUUGUAGGGAAUGGAGCGGUUGGAAAGUCAAGUAUGAUUCAGCGAUACUGCAAAGGCAUUUUUACAAAAGACUACAAGAAAACCAUUGGAGUUGAUUUUUUGGAGCGACAAAUCCAAGUUAAUGAUGAAGAUGUCAGACUAAUGUUAUGGGAUACAGCAGGUCAAGAGGAAUUUGAUGCAAUAACAAAGGCCUACUAUCGAGGAGCCCAGGCUUGUGUGCUUGUAUUUUCAACCACAGACAGGGAAUCUUUUGAAGCAAUUUCCAGUUGGAGAGAGAAAGUCGUAGCUGAAGUUGGAGAUAUACCAACUGUGCUUGUGCAAAACAAGAUUGAUCUCUUGGAUGACUCUUGUAUAAAGAAUGAGGAAGCUGAGGCACUGGCAAAAAAGUUAAAGCUAAGAUUCUACAGAACAUCAGUGAAAGAAGAUCUAAAUGUGACUGAAGUAUUUAAAUAUUUGGCUGAAAAAUAUCUUCAGAAACUCAAACAGCAAAUAGCUGAGGAUCCAGAAUUAAUGCAUUCAAGUAGUAACAAAAUUGGUGUCUUUAAUACAUCUGGUGGAAGUCACUCAGGUCAAAAUUCAAGUACCCUUAAUGGUGGAGAUGUCAUCAAUCUUAGACCCAACAAACAGAGGACCAAGAAAAACAGAAAUCCUUUUAGCAGCUGUAGCAUACCCUAAAAUGUUUUAGGGAGGAAAAAAGUUGAAUUGUAUCGUGCAAUUCCGUAAGAAACACAUCCAGCUGUCGUGGUAUGUUACAAGUUUUUUUUUUUUAGCAGACUUUGCACCUAAUGGCUCUCUGAAAGUUGACAGACUUAAAUACUGUUCUGCAGUGCUUUUCAGAUGGAGUGACAUCUUUGGUGGAAAUAUUCCUGCCUUGUGGACUCGUUUUAAUUUUUUUGCAUCAGACGAAGCUUAUCCUGUUUUUGAAGGAAUGGUCCAUAAGAAGUGUCAAAAAACAGGUUUUGCUGAAUUUGAAACGCUGGAAAACAUAACUGAAAUGCAGAUUUUAAUAUUAUUGGUCAAGGAAAGAUAGCAAGCGUUCUUUUUCUGAAGUUGGUCAUACAGCUUUUUGGAAAGUAGUACUGAAUCUGAAUACUUACAAAAAAAUAAUAUUGAAAGGUAAGCUCUAAAUCUUGCCAGACUGCAUUGGUGUGUAUUUUGGCAAUGUUACUUGUGCAAUAUCUGUAUAAUUUAGAAUGUGGAGGUAUGCAUGCAGAUAUCUGGUACUGAAAUAUACUGACGGUAUGUUCAGUAUUUAAGGAAACAUAGAAUCUAAUUCAUUCAUAAAAUCAUUUACAUAUUGUGUGUAUGUUAAAAGUUUUUAUUUUCAAAUAAGAAAUUCCAGACAUAUAUUUUGCAAAAUGAGCUCAGAUUUUAAAAGUGCUUUGUGCCAAAUAUAUCAUACCUAAUUUUUACAGUGCUUUACUAUCAGAAUUUAUAUUGUUUAUAAUGUCUUUUAAAAGCAGUUUCCCUCUCUGACAGAGUAGAUACAAGUCGAGUAUAAACGUUUUAAUGCUAGAAUAUCUCCCAGGUGAGACCUGUUGCAAAAUCUCUCUCCUACGUCCAUCCAUAAGUGCGGUGAGCUUGUGCUGGCCAGGUCACAGCGCACCUGCAGUUAUCCCUUAGGUCCUGUGAAGUGCGGUGGUACUUCCAAUACCUUUCGCUGCUGACUGAAACGCAAUUUUGAACUUUUAAGAUUGUGCUAAUAAUGCUUUUAAAUGCAGAAGAAAUGAUCUUUGGUCUUAAUCUGCAUUAUGGAUUUUAUAAUGCCCUGCAACUCUAAAGCAUCUUUUCGUUUACACGUUUUGUAUGGUAUUUUAAGAUUAUCACUUAAAAAUUUCUAUAAACUUCAGUUUGUAUAGCACUUUCUCAAGAGCUCUGUUAACACCAAAUACAGAAUAAUUUCUUUUAAGAAACGAUUUUCAUACGUAAUCAUGUGACAGCAUAAAUUUUGUGACUUGGGACAGGAGCUUUCCAAUUAAGAUAACUGCAUGAACUCUGUUAAAAAGUGAUUAUCAUUCAUCAGUGACUUUGUUUUUAACCCUUGCUAUCUACCUGGUUUUUACAGGAUUUCAAGAUAUGUAAAAAUAACUUUUUUUGGAAAAUGUGUCAAAGUCGUUUUUCAUUAUUUGUACUAUAUGCAUAAUGUUAUAUGUAUUUCUAUUGUAUGUUUUCUCUCUUUCUCUCUCUCUCUCUCUCUCUCUCUCUCUCUCUCUCUCUCUGUCUCAAAGUUUUCCAUCCGCACCGUCCUCCUCCCUCUGUCCAGAUUACUAUUAAGAAGAUAAUAGAAAUUUCUGGGGCAAGUCCUUAGUAAGUGGUCAAGAGUGAAUGUUUGCCUUUUCAUAAUACUGAAACAAUCUGGCAUUAUCUAUUUUAAAGUAAUAUAACAAGUUAAUUUUUAUGUCACCAGUUGUCUCCACACCCAUUGCUGGCAGUGGGAUAGGUGUUGGGGGAAACAAACUCAUUGCCUAACAAUGGGUACCCUGUUAAUGAUUCAUCUUUCCUUUUUUUCUCUCUUAAAAUACAGUCUCUUUAUUUUGCACAAAAUAUAUUUUGUGGCGAAUUGUUUUGUGAUCUUUAGUAGCCAAAGAAAAUCAUGUAUGUAAUAUGUUCACAUGUGUUCUAUUUCAGAUUAAUUAAAUGUGUGUGGGAAAGAGUUUGCUAGUUUUCUAUAUAAUCUCUGAUGAUUGUUGAAGUUUCCUGAUAUUUGUAAUAUAAUUUUACAUACUUAGUUUUGUCCUUUUUUCUUUUCAUAAGAACCAAAGAGAGAUCUUUGUUACACAUUUGAAUUUUUAUUUGCACUUGUGUAUUUUAAACCUAACCAUAAUUGGUCAUUUUAAAUAACUAAGUACGUCUGAAAAUCAGUCACAAAUGAUAUGUUAAAUACUUCCUCAGUUUAAUUCUAAAGCCUUCAAAGUUGACAUUAAUUUUUUUCUUGAGACACUUAAUUCUCUUAAAUAACCAUUAAUUUCUAACGAGCUAUGGAUGCUAAAGAAAAAACUGUGUAAGACUCCAGGAUGUUGUUUGUGCAUUUUUACAUUAUGGCUGGUUUUUAGUAUACAGACACAUAGCUGUGGGAUAAUUGCCAUAUUGCAGAGUCCCUCAAGUUUCCUUUUCUCUUUCAGUCAGUCUACUGAAUUAAAUAGCAUACAGAAUAGCUCAUGUGAGGCAAUAUACCAUUGAACUUUGAACAACACCAGUUUGAGCUGUGUGGGUCCACUUACAUGAUUUUUUACAAUACUGUAAAAUACAACACUGUAUUUUUCUUCCUUAUGGUUUUCUAAAUAACCUUUUCUUUUCUCUGGCUUGCUUAUUGUAAGAAUACAAUAUACAAUACAUACAACAUACAAAAUAUUUGUUAAUAGUCUAUUUUAUUCGUAGGGCUUUCAGUCAAUUGUAGGCUAUUAACUUUUGGGGGAGUCAUUAUACUUGUAUUUUCCACUGUGCAGGGGUCAGUGCUCCAGUCCCUGUGUUGUUCAAGGAUCAACUGUAUUUCUGUUGUUAUUAGUGCCAUAAGAUGAUAUUAGCUGCCAUUAAUUUAGUACUUACUAUCAGGUAGGAACUAUACAAAGUACCUUGCAAACAGUAAUUUAAUCUUUGCAACUCUAUGGAGGUAUUAUUUUUCCCUCCCUGUUUUUGAGAAAAAGGAGAACGAAGAUGUGAGAGAAGUUUGUCAGUCGCAUACUAGUUAGCAGCAAACCCAUUUUCUAUCCCAUUUUAUAACUAUUAAUUUUCAUAUAGUCCAGACAUAAAAAGAUGUGCUAUCUUCUCAUUAUACUUUACUAUCUAAUAUAUAUAUGUAUAUAUGUGGAUUUGAUACUGCUUUAUAUAUGCAGUUAUAUUUUAUGGAGGAAUUACUGCUAAGAACAUUUUCAGAUUAUAAAUGUUCUAACAUACUGAUUUCUUAUUUGAUGCAUUUAUUUUAAAAUGAAAACUAAAAUAAUAAAGAAUAACUUUAUUUUUCAAUCAGAAGUCUAAUUUCUCAUCUGAAAUUACGGGGAGGGAAGUAUCUUAAAAGACUGAUUUAAUCAUAUUUUAGUGUAUAUUUAUUUGAUAGUUUUGUCUAAAAAAAUUAAAGAAUUAAAACAUGACAAAAAGCUUUUGAAUUGGGAUUAUGUACUUAGUAAGCAAAAAGAAAUAACCAUUUUCAAGUACAUUAUAAAAGGUUUAUAUAAAGGGAAUUCUGACCAGCCAUUUUUAAUUAAAGUAGAAGAUCAUAGGUGAAGGAUUAAGCUUGGUUAUAUUGAUUAUUAAAUGCUGAAAUCAUUUAAUGAAGUUAAGUAAUCUUCAUAAAUGAAAAUAUUAAAAAAAAUAGAGGCACCUGCCUGACUCAGUCAGUAGAGCAGAGUCAGUGACUCUUGAUCUUGGGGUUAUAAAUUUGAACCCCACAUUGUGUAGAGAUUACUUAAAAAUAAAAUCUUUAAAAAAUAUAUUUUAUCCAUGCUGAAUGCCAAUUUGGAUGCAGGAGUUGUCAUAAAAAGAUUUUUAUUUUCCCAAUUGCUUAUAUCUCUUAGAAUUCAGUUUUUCAUAUAUUAAGUGACAGAUUCACUUCAACAUAUUUCUAUUAUUUUUAAUUGUUUAAGAGAAAUCAAAGGCUAGAUUUGCUUUCUCCUUGGUUGUUGUAUUGUAGCAUGUGUGAUUCCUUUAUAUCUCUUAUAUUCUAUCUUUGUGCUGUCAUUAAAUGUGUACAUAUUUCAUCUCUUCUAAUUCAAAUGUUAUUCAAAUUUUUCUAUUUUUAAAACUGUAAUGAGGAUAGUUUGCUCUCCUAUUAGAGUAUAAGAAAAAACACCAUGUCAUACCAAUCUUGAAAUUUCCUCAUAUGGCUUUACACAGAUUUAUAAGUUACACUAAUCAGCAGACUAUAAACAAACACCUAAGAUUUAAAUGUGUGAUACUUAUUGCUGAGAGAAAUUAAAGGAGAUUUAAAUAAAUGGAUAUAUUAUAUACACGA